ACAUUUUACCGAAACUUCACGGAGAAAAGUGAAAUUCCAAAUUCUCCAAUAAUCAAACUGAUCAAAAAACAUACUGCGCCACUUGCUAUUUCGACUUCGAAUUCAAGAUCGCGACUUGACUCGGAUCUUGUCUACAAGUACGCGAAAAAAAACGAAACUUAGCUGAUACUCGCGUUUAAAUAAAAAAAUCUUGUGUAAUAUUGUGUAAAUUUUAAGAGUUCAGUGUUUGAAAAUAUUACAUAAUGCCACUCUUAAGACUUACUUCAGGCACUUUUGGACAGCUGCGCACUUUCGCUACGUCAUCUGCUCUUGGAAAAAGAGUCAAAACAUUUGCUGUUUAUCGUUGGAAUCCUGAUGAGCUAGACAAAAAGCCAUACACUCAGAAUUUCGAGGUGGAUUUAGAUGAUUGCGCGCCCAUGGUUCUUGAUGCAUUACUAAAGAUUAAGAAUGAAAUGGAUCCCACCCUGACAUUUAGAAGGUCGUGUCGUGAAGGGGUUUGUGGUUCUUGCGCAAUGAAUAUUGAUGGAGUCAACACUUUAGCGUGCAUCAGCCACAUCGAUCAUAAUUUAUCCAAGCCUACUAAAGUCUACCCAUUGCCCCACAUGUACGUAGUUAAAGAUUUGGUACCAGAUCUGACUAACUUUUACCGUCAGUAUCAGUCCAUAGAACCAUGGUUGCAGCGUGAUAAUGAGGCAGUAAAGGGCAAGGAGACUCAGUUGCUCCAGGAUGUUGAAGACAGGGCAAAACUUGAUGGUCUAUAUGAAUGUGUCCUAUGCGCUUGUUGUUCUACAAGUUGCCCCUCAUAUUGGUGGAAUGGUGACAAGUACUUAGGCCCUGCUGUUCUUAUGCAGGCUUACCGAUGGAUUAUUGACUCUAGGGAUGAUGCAACCUCGAAACGUCUUUCAAACCUAAAAGAUACAUAUUCAGUGUAUAGAUGCCACACAAUCAUGAACUGUACUAGAACAUGCCCCAAAGGCUUAAACCCAGGACGAGCAAUUGCUCAGAUCAAAACACUUUUAUCAGGAAUGGUAAAGAAACAGUCCCCCAUAAUGGACCCUGCUGGCCUUCAAAAACAAUCUGCAAGCAAUUAACUUGGAAAUGUUUAUUUAGAACAAUAUUAUUUAUUUUGACAAUAUGUUGCAAUAAAUGCAACUAUCCCUUUUGAUGUAGAAAUAUUUUUGACUGAACUGCUUGUUCUAUUAUGUUGCUGUAGUGUUUGUAUAAUAAUUGUUUAUUAAAAUCUGAUUGAUGUAAGAAAAAUAAAAUUGCUAAUCAUACAGUUUUGUCAAUUUAA